AUGGCGGUCAGCAACAUCGAGUGGAAAGACGUGGCGACGGUCGUCGAGCCAGCCGUGGCCAAGUGUCUCAACCCCGGCCAAACGACAUCCGCACUCGUGGCACCGACAGCAACUGCAAUAUGGCGGAAGCGCGGAGCCACCGAGCAGAACGCCGUUGGUGCCGGCUACGGCGGGGACUAUCGCUACGCCAGGGAAGACAAGGGCGUUGACGUGCAGCUGCUGCUGUUCGAAUCGUUCGGCGGGUUCGGAAAGGGGGUCCGCGAGAUCCUCCGGAAGGCGGCGGACGUGCUACAGAACAAGCUGACGCGGGCCCAGUACCUCGAUGAGGGCGACUACCGGUUCGCGCGGGAGAAGAAUUGCGACCUGCGUUUGCUCGACUUCGAGACGUUCGGCGGCUUCGGGGACGGCGUCCGCAAAAUUCUUCGGCAGGCGGCGGACCAGCUGAGUAACAAACUUUCGCACGCUCAGCACCUCGAUGAGGUCACAUGGACCACCAAGAACUGGCACGGGCUGCAGAUGCAGCGCUUGUCUGUCGUCCUCCACACCGCCGUGGCGUGGCAGACGGUGAACGAGCUAGCGUGCGGGGACAGCGGCAUUGUGCACGGUGCUAAGUGCAUUGCCGUUCUUAACGGAGUCGCUUAG